ACAGUCCCGGUUGAUGCCGACGGCCGCACCGGAGAAGUAUCAGGCAUCGCAGUGAUAUCCUGUACCGGAACAUCAAGGAAGAUUGGAAUUUCCUCAAAAUUGGUGUCGCGAUCCAAGCUCUCCGGUGGUACUGGAAGCGGCAAAUCUGCUGCGGACGAUCGUCUCUUCCGAGAAAUGGUUUGCGUGAGACUCGCACCGGUACCUCUCUGCGACAACAGCUCCCUCGCGCUCACGAAUUCCAACGAUGACCCCACACUCCUCGGCAGCGAACCCUGCGAUGACUCCGCCACAUCAAUAAUGGCAGUCGGCUCAAUCUUGACCGCCCGGGAUUUCGACUUCGGAUGCUUUGGUGAUGCGCCGGUAAUGUCAACCACGCCAGAUUUAGUGGUAGGUGUGCGCGGACGGGUGGUCCCCAGCCGCUUCUUACGUUUCACUGCGGACGCUAGAGGUUCUUCCGGCGAUGAUGACAUGAUCUCGAUAGCUGUCGAAGUGGAGUUCGGAACUGAUAGUGGCACUGCGGGCGCCAUUACCGGCAUUGGUUGGGGGGCAGGAGGAGGAGAUACGACAGCAUGCUCAACAGGAGCUUCAGCGGGCGGCACGGACGCGGCGUUGGACCUUCGCCGCGUGGAAGGCUUCGGAGACAGGAUCGUAACAACAUCCUCUUCUGCAUUUUCCAACCAAGCCGCAGCUUGCGGAGACUUUGACCUCCUUGCCCUCUUCGGCGGUGUCGGUAUCCCCUCUUCUGCCACCGCCUCAGAGAUGGGUAUUGGUGCUGGGACUGGUUGCGUAGCCGGAGGAGGCAGCACAACAGUUUUUGUCACAGGACCUUCGGCAGGCGGCACAGACGCAGCUUUGGACUUUCUCGGUGUACGCUUCGGCAAUUGAGGCAGGAUAGUAACAAGGUCCAUUUCUGCAACCUCUGGGAGCGGAGCACCCUCCGGAGACUUCG